CAUGGGAUUUUCUCUCCAAAACAUCACAACAGCCUAAUUAACAAAAUUCCUACAUAAACCAAGCACAAAAACACAUUUAAAAUGCUGCUAAAUGCUACCGGAAUUCCUCCCCCAUGUUAGCAAAAUUCGGGCAAGCACAGGGCAGCACUUAAUGGACAAAACCCAACAAUUAAAUGGGUAAUUUCGAACUUAAUGGGGCUGCCACUUACCAGAAUUCCAGCAAGCAAACCGGAGCUGGCAGGGAGAAGAAGCCGGCGGCAUCUGCAGGGAAACUCACGGGAACUACCCCAAAUUCAAGAACCACAACCAAAAUUAGAGUAACCCAAGUUAAAUCAAGGCUAAGGAGAUGAUUUCUUGGCUGUGGCUUACCAGAAAAGCCGAAGGAUUCACACCCAGCAGAACCCGACGGACAAGGGAGGAAGAGACACCGAGCAGAUCUGGGAAAAUUCUGGGUUUAAUGAGAGUUCUAAGCCCCAAAUCUUGUUAUUUAACAAGAAAAAAAGAAGAAAUUUCAAGCUUUGUCACCAAUUUUUCUCAAAGGGGAUGAGUCGGUGGCUUAGGGGAGCUUCGGUCGGCAGAGGAGAAGAAAAAAGAGCAGGACGC